UCUAGAGCUCAGCUCAGAAGCUCAGAGAGGUGAAGCAGACGAAACUAAACGGCGUCUGUCAAACUCUGCAAACCCAUGGAAUUUGGUCAUGAAGCUCCAAAAAGCAAAAACGGUUGCGUAGAAGCAGAAGAUGCGGGAUUGCUUUAAAUUUUUCUUCUAACUUUUUUUUUUCUUUUGUGGAGUGCUUUUUUUUUUUUUCAUUUGCUAGUGAGGCAACACAGAGACGGUUCAUCUCUUAGUGCAACCGGUCUGAAGUGGAUGAUGCAACCUAGAUAGCAGCCUCGUCCUCCGCUCCACUCCCCCUCCCUGCCCCUUGGCCCCUUCCUCUAUCUUCCUGGACCUGCACCGCCACUGCCACCUGUGUUACCACAGCCAUCAUGCCCCCCAGGAAGAGGACACGACAGGGCCUGGGCUUCCUGUGCUGCUUCGGCAGCAGCGAGCCCCCGGAGAUCAACCUGAAGGACACCGUGCCACUGCAGCUGCUGGAGUUCAGUGCGCCCAUGCCGCCUGCUGAGGAGCUGCAUGCGCGUUUCUCCGAACUGGUGGAUGAGCUGGAUUUGACAGACAAGAACCGGGAGGCCAUGUUUGCUCUGCCCGAUGAGAAGAAAUGGCAGAUCUACUGCAGCAAGAAGAAGGAGCAAGAGGACCCCAACAAGCUGGCCACCAGCUGGCCCGACUACUACAUCGACCGCAUUAACUCCAUGGCGGCUAUGCAGACUUUGUUUGCCUUUGACGAGGAGGAAAUGGAAAUGAGGAACAAGGUGGUGGAAGAUCUGAAGACAGCACUUCGGACUCAGCCAAUGAGGUUUGUUACGCGUUUCAUCGAGCUGGACGGCCUCACCUGCCUCCUCAACUUCCUGCGCAGCAUGGACUACGAGACGUCGGAGAGCCGCGUCCACACCUCCGUCAUCGGGUGCAUCAAGGCGCUGAUGAACAACUCGCAGGGCCGUGCGCAUGUCCUGGCCCACCCGCAGAGCAUCAAUACCAUCUCACAGAGCCUCCGGACAGAGAACUUCAAGACCAAAGUGGCAGUACUGGAGAUUCUUGGGGCGGUGUGCCUGGUGCCAGAUGGACACAAGAAGGUGCUUCAAGCCAUGGCACAUUACCAGAAAUAUGCUGCUGAGAGGACUCGCUUCCAGACGCUGCUGAAUGAGCUGGACAAAAGUACAGGACGCUACAGAGACGAGGUCAACUUAAAGACCGCCAUCAUGUCUUUCAUUAACGCCGUGCUCAACGCUGGGGCUGGAGAGGACAACCUGGAGUUUCGCCUCCAUCUAAGGUACGAGUUCCUGAUGUUGGGCAUACAGCCGGUCAUCGAAAAGCUCAGAGAGCACGAAAACGCCACUUUGGAUAGGCAUUUGGAUUUCUUUGAGAUGGUGCGAAACGAGGACGACUCUGAGCUGGCCAAAAGAUUUGAUAUGACCCAUGUAGAUACUAAAAGUGCUGGUGCCAUGUUUGAGCUGAUCAAGAAGAAGCUGAGCCACACUGAUUCCUACCCACACCUCCUCUCCAUCCUGCAACACUGUCUGCAGAUGCCCUAUAAGCGUAGUGGUGGCACCCUGCAGCACUGGCAGCUCUUAGACCGGAUCCUCCAGCAGAUCGUCAUGCAGGACGACAAGGGAGAGGACCCUGAUAUCUCCCCUCUGGACAACUUCAAUGUAAAGAACAUCAUUCGCAUCCAAAGCUACCAGUGGAGCUCAAGGUUGGUCAAUGAAAAUGAGGUGAAACAAUGGCGAGAACAAGCAGAGAAAUUCAGAAAAGAGCAUGCAGAGCUGCUAGCUAAACUGGAGCGGAAAGAGCGGGAGUGUGAGACCAAAACGCAGGAAAAAGAGGACAUGAUGAAGACUUUGAACAAGAUGAAGGAUAAACUACAGCGUGAAGGUGUGGAGCUGCGCUCGGCCCGGGAACAAGUGCUAGACCUGUCGUCGCGCAUCAGUGACAUUGCUCAGGGCGGAAAUGUAUCCUUCCCACCUCCCCCUCCUCCUCCUGGCGGCCCUAUGCCUCCGCCUCCACUACCUAUGACAUGCGGCUUUCCUCCACCCCCACCUCCUCUACCAUUCAGUUGCCCGCCUCCCCCACCUCCACCUCCUCCACCUGGGGCACCACCUCCUCCACCAGGAGCCCCACCUAAUUUUGGAGCUCCGCCUCCUCCCAUUCCCUCAUCGUUUAACUCGAUGAGCAGCAUGCACUCCAAGUCCAUCCCUCAGCCUUCACAUCCUUUGAAGUCCUUCAACUGGGCCAAACUAGGAGAGAACAUGGUCAAUGGCACCAUCUGGAGCGACAUUGAUGAUCUGAGAGCUUUCAAGAUCCUCGACCUGAAAGACAUAGAGAAGAUGUUUUCAGCAUAUCAGAGACAACAGGACCUGCUCACUAACCAAUCCUUCAAACAGAAAGAGACUGGCUCGAUGGAUGACAUAUACGUCAGCACGCGGAAGGUCAAAGAGCUGUCAGUCAUUGAUGGCAGACGUGCACAGAAUUGUGUCAUCCUGCUUUCAAAAUUAAAAAUGAGCAAUGAAGAAAUCAAGAGGGCAAUCCUGGAGAUGGAUGAGAGAGAAGAGCUUGCUAAAGAUAUGCUGGAGCAGCUUUUGAAGUUUGUCCCAGAGAAAAGUGAUAUCGACCUGUUGGAGGAGCACAAACAUGAGCUGGAGAGAAUGGCCCGAGCUGAUCGCUUCCUCUUUGAGAUGAGCAGAAUUGACCAUUACCAGCAGAGACUGCAGGCUCUGUUCUUUAAGAAGAAGUUUGCAGAGCGUCUUGCUGAAACAAAGCCCAAGGUUGAAGCCAUCCUGAACGCGUCCAAGGAGGUGGUCCGGAGCAAACGUUUGACUCAGGUCCUGGAGGUGGUGCUGGCCUUCGGCAACUUCAUGAACAAAGGCCAGAGAGGCAACGCCUUCGGGUUUAAGAUCUCCAGCCUCAACAAGAUCGCUGACACCAAGUCCAGCAUAGACAGGAACAUAACCAUGUUGCACUACUUGAUCAUGAUCUUUGAGAAGAACUACCCGGACACGCUUCACAUCCAGCAGGACCUCGGCAGCGUACAAGAAGCUGCCAAAGUCAAUUUGUCAGAGUUGGAAAAAGAAGUGCAUAGUAUCAGAAGUGGACUGAAGGCACUGGAGGCGGAGCUGCACUACCAGCAGAGCAGGACGAGGGAACGAGGGGAUAAGUUUGUGGCCGUGAUUGGUGACUUCAUCACGGUGGCUGGCUUCAGCUUCUCUGAACUGGAGGACCAGCUGAGUGAAGCCAAGGACAAGUUUGCCAAAUCUCUGAAGCACUUUGGGGAGGAAGAAGGGAGAAUGCAGCCGGAUGAGUUUUUCGGGAUCUUCGACACCUUCUUGCAGUCGUUCACCGAAGCACGACAGGACCUCGAGAACAUGCAGCGACGCAAGGAUGAGGAGGAGCGGAGGGCCCGGAUGGAGGCGAUGCUUAAGGAUCAACGGGAGCGGGAACGACGGGCCAAAAAGAGCGGCACCACGGAAGAAGUCGGCGGGGAGUUUGACGACCUGGUUUCAGCUUUGCGCUCCGGCGAGGUCUUCGACAAAGACCUGAACAAGUUCAAGCGAAAUCGCAAACGCUCUGUCAAUCAGCUGGCGGAGGGUGGCGGCCGGGAAAGAACCGUCACCAAGGUUAACUACUAGGUCGGGGAACAGGAAUAAAAAAACCCCACCUUAAAUCUGCCAUUGCGUUGAGCUUUUAACACCUUUAGUCCAGGUUGUGGGACAGUGACCGCUGACAUUGGAGAGGAUGUAAAUAACAGCUGGAUUGGACUUGCAAGAACGGCCGAGCCGUGUUGAAGGAUGCAGCGCUCUCCUCUGAUUGGUCUUGUAAAGCUAUUUCCACUCCGUCUGUUCUGGAUGUUACCAGGAUGGACAAGUGGACACACCACUGUGACACAUUAGCCCAUGUCAUUUGACCAUAUCCUUUAACACUGUGCUCAAGGCUCUCACUGUCUAUCACCCCAGUCUUUUUCACUUUUCUCCCCCAUUCACACAUCCUCUGCAAGCUCUCCGGUGCUGAAAAAGCUCUGUCAUUUAACUACUGGGCUUUAAAGCACACGGGACAUUGGGAUUGGACAGUCACACUGUAUAUAGUCACGAGGCAAAGACAAAGGAUUGGUAAAAGGACUAUGAAGCGUCUCCAGGCAGAUUUGGGGAAAAAAGAAGCUGAAGGGAACUAAACAAUAACCUCGACCAUCAGGUGUUCCCCAGAAAAGAGACUUCUCAACCACAGAAAGUCAAGGAGUCGACACGUCCCAGAAUGAUUUGUAGGCUUCUGAAAGAGUGAAGAAGGAUCCAGAUUCAUACCAACAUUCUCUGGGAAGGACGUGUCUAUCCCGAUGUGCUCAGCUCUUCUCAAGGAAACUUCUCAGCCUGAUCCACCUGAUUUAAAACAUGACUGUGCCACAUGGGUCAGGCCUCACCUUCACUCUGACCAACAUCGUUCUGGCAUUAACAGUGCCAAAGGAAAGAGAAAACUAAUGUAAAUGUAUUAAUACAAAACAUACUGCAAUUAGGCAUUGAUAUAUAUUUAUAUUUAGAUGCAGACAAGCUAAUUGCAAAGAGGUCUUUUUUUAUGUUUUGGGAUUUUUGUACACGCAAUGCAUUAUUUGUUGGUGUUGCAAGUUGGCGUUGAAGUGAAUUUCUAUACAUUUUGCGCUUUAUGUAAAAAAAGGAAAAAAAAAAGAGGUAAUCGCUCACACUUUUCACAUCUGUACGUCUUGUUUGCACUGCAGCUUUUUUGUAAACUUUACACUCAGAAGUCCACAAGCCAAUGACAGCGUCCUGUAUGUUGUCAGAUUAUCUGUAACUAACAUAAUGAAGGAAUGCCAUGAAAUUCAUUUAAAGGCACAAGCUGCAGUUCCUUUACUGCAGUAAGGUUAAAUUCUCACUCUAUUCAGUAUCUCUCUGCUUUCUUUUUUUAAUUUUCAGCUUUUUCCGUGGUAGAGUCACACCGCACCAUGUGAUGAAUCUCUCAUUGUCAUGUCAGGGUAUAACAAAACACUUAAAGAAGGUAGGUGGGACACACACAGGAAAAAAACAUCAGAGCAUGUCAUAGAAAAGAAUUUGUACUUUCAUCUUUUUCUCCAGCUUGUCAAUCAAGUCAGUCAAAUCAGGCCCACAAAGGGAAGCCAACCUCCUUUUUAUAAGGUAUUUGAAGUAUUUAGAGCAGUAGGAGUGAGGCUGUAGUGUAAUCAGUAUUAACAUCUGAUUCUUUUUGAAAACAAAAAAAUAUAUAUAGCAGUGCACAUAGACUGUAUUAAAAGAUGGAUGUAGCAUCUAUGAUGUCACUCAUUGGUUUUUGAAGUCCCAUUAUAAAGCCAUCUUGUUCUUUUGCUUGUUUUUUGUUUUUCAUUUUGUUUUGUUCUUUUAAGGGUUUUUUUGUUUUGUUUUUUAUUUUUUGGACCAGAAGUGACCAUAUUUGGAUGAGAGGGUGGAGUGCUAAUUUUUUAGCUAACAUUUGCUUUAAUUAGCAGUUAUCUGUGUCUGCUAAGUAACAUACAGAUGAAGUACUAGAAUUUAACUAGUUGUGAAAACUGGAGCACAGAUAGUCUGUAUGCAAUUAACCAGACACCAAUCAAUGUCUCCAGUUUCCGCAGAUGAAGCCUGCCAGAUAUCUGUCAGUAAAAGAGGCCACGGACCUGAUAAUAAUUAUAUGUUUAACUUUAAUAAUGUUUAAAUGGGGGAGUUACACAAACAAAAUUGUUAUAAAGUAGGAAAGUGGCUAAAAAGACCAAAACUAUGUUUAUUUUUGCUUUAAGCUGGUCAUUUUAACAUGGGAGUUUUAUGGAGAUUGACUCACUUUUGGAGCAAGCCUCCAGUGGUCAUUAAAGGAAUUGCAGUUUUGGGCACUGCGUUGGUUUGGUUUUGGCUUCAGCUUCGCUGCAGAAUGUGUUCACACAAAGACGGCUCUAAUCGUGGGGUGUAAAGUCAACAUCAAGCAUACAUUUACAUGUUAACCAUCACAUUCAUUCAGAGUCAGAAGAGAGGUCUCGACCCACCAUGUUUGUAUUUCUAACAGCGACUUCCCCAGUUUGUCCUUUCUGGAGUUUUUCUGUUCUUCGUUGUGUAAACGUUCAGUUUUAAGUGCCUCUGAUCCUGUUUUCACGUUUGUAUUUGUGGCUUCCAAAGCAAACUUACAGAAUUUGGUGGGGAUAUGGCGCCAUCUUGUGGCCGAUUAUAGUGCACUUCACUGACCUCACAACCUGUCAAAAACAGCUCUACCCAGUAUCUCCCAAAUAACUUCAGCAGGUGCACUUAAAUGUUUCCUCAGAAAGGUUUGGGGUUAUGUGUUACCUGUGCACAGCUAAACUCACUCACUUCCUUUUAUAUGAGUUCUUCCACACUUUUAGUUCAUUUUCUUCAUUUCCCCUCUGAAGCAGAGAGAAGCUACUGUGAGGUUAAAAAAAACAUAACGUGAGACAGAAAUUGUAUCCCAGAGAUUAACCAGUGAACCAAAAUCACUUAAAACUUUCAGACACUUUUAAAAUUUUAAAAGAGGAUAUUACUUGAUUUUGUCUCAAUAAACCAGCAUCUUGUGUAUAUUUUAGUCCUUUUGUUUUCUAGCCUCUGAUCCUUUUUGAGUUAUACUUCAUCAGAUUCUUUAAACCCUUCAUUCAGAGCUUUAACCCGUGUUGUAGUGCAGACUAUUUCCUGAGGGGUAUUGUCAGUAUUAAAACCUUUGUGUUGCUACAUGGUUGGAUGUCUAUUUGGCCAUUGACUGGCUGAUGAUUUUUGAUUUCUUUUUUUUUUUUUGAGUGUAAAGAUGGAAAUAAGUAGCUUGUUUCAAUGCACUUUGUUGAUGGGACAUUUCCAUUUGCAGCGAGGGCUGAGGUCCCUCAAGAAACUAGAAGGGUGCAACGAAAGAGUGGUGCAAAAUAAAAAUAAAAAAUUUAAAAGAAGAAGAAAUUAAAGAUGGUGUUUAUAGGAAAGGGAGGAAAGUGAGGCUGAGUAUCUGGCUGGGCCGCUUGGAACACUUUAAGAGUCUGUUGAAUGGCAGAGAUGGGAUUUGUGGGGAAACUAAGAGGCGACUGUGGUACAGAGCAGGUCCUGUCUCCUGGUUUGGUGAGUCUGGAGAAAAAAAAUUAAAAAGAGGGAUUGGGGGGCGGUUGUGGGUGGGGUAUUUUAUGUCAAUACCACAUUUCUGUCAUUACAUGGUGUUGAGCUGCAUGCCUAAAGAUGGGUGCACAGAGUGUGAAUUGUUUCUCCUUUCGUAGAAAACUGCUUGCAAACUGAAACACACCUGUUAAACCACAGCCUGUACUGCCUGAGAAAAGUUGCACCCGUUCUUCGAGCUUGUAUAAUUGUGAGGAGUCAGUAUUUUCAUGUUUGGAAGAAAAAGAAAAACGUACCCUCCACCUGAAAGAUAUACAGUUGGAGAAAUAAAAAAAAAAGCAUUUUGUACACGUUUGUUGAUGUUUGAGUUAAGAUUAAAAAAAAGAUGAAAACAUGAGGAAUGUUCCAUUUUCCUGUAAAUUGUACCUCUAUUUAUUUGCCUUAUUUAGUUUGCUAUAUUUUGUAUGUACACAACGCAUUACGACAAAUGUUAUAUUAAAAAUCAGAAUCAUUAAACUGUGGUCCGUGUAUGAUGGAUAGUUCUGACACUUGUAUGAGAACGAGAAGCUUUUCUUUUGGUUUGAUUUCAUUUAUUUUGUUUCGGUUUUGUUUUUUUCUCUCACCCUGUGUCUUUUGUAGGGUUACAAUAAACUUUUGUCCCUUACAA